AUGGAGGAAAAUCCAAUUAAAUUCAACAAUAAUUCGUAUGGGGCAAUCUAUGGGGAUAAACAAUUAUUGGAUCAACAUCAUGAUGAGGAGCAACAACAACAUUUCAAUCAUUCAAAAUUGAGGCUUUUAAAUGAUGAUGCCGAGGAACAACAACAGCAACAACAAAUUUUCAUUGAAAAAAUCAGUACAGUGAAUAGUCAAGAUGGUGAUAAAUUAGUGGAUGCUGCCGAUGAAGGAGGAAAGAAAAAGAAGGAAGGUGCCAAGACGAGAGAUCUUAUUGCCUUCUUCAUUUGUGGAUUAUUAAAUAAUUACAGUUAUGUGAUUAUGUUAUCAGCAGCUGAGGAUUUAAUUCAUGGACAAUCUGGUAUUGUCUUGUUGGCCGAUAUUUUACCAACACUGUUUUUGAAAGCUCUUGCUCCGUUCUUUAUGCAUGCCAUUCCAUAUAAUAUUCGUGUUGGUUUGGCUGUCUUGUUGGCUUUGGCCAGUUUCCAAAUGGUUGCUUGGUUUGAUAAUAUUUAUUUAAAGUUGGUGGGUGUAGUGUUGGCAUCUCUUUCUUCUGGUGGUGGUGAAAUUACCUUCUUGGCCAUGUCUUCAUAUUAUCAUAAGAAUACCAUUUCUGCUUGGUCUUCAGGAACUGGAGGUGCUGGUAUUUUUGGUGCUCUUUCAUACUUGGCUCUUAAGGGUUGGUUAAAUCUGAGUCCAAGUAUUUCCCUGUCCAUUAUUACACCAUUGCCAUUACUCAUGCUAUUGGCCACAUUUUUAAUUAUGAGUGGAUCUCACUAUGCUGCUGGUUUCUGCUCGAGAGGAAGAGGUAUGGUUAAGGAAUCUUCCACUCCAACAAAUCCAUUAACAAUGAAGGAAAAAAUCAAACUUGUUUUGCCUCUUGCUUUGAAAUAUAUGCUUCCAUUGACCACUGUUUACUUUGCAGAAUAUGCAAUCAAUCAAGGUGUUUCUCCAAAUUUAACAUUCAGAAAAGAAUUAAUUCCAAAGAAGGAUGAUUACGUUUAUUAUCAAUUCUUAUAUCAGACCGGUGUAUUCAUUUCUAGAUCAUCUGUCAAUAUUUUCCCAAUCAAACGUUUGUGGGUCCCAGCAGUUUUACAAUGUUGUCUAUUCAUCUUUUUAUUCUUGGAUGCUUACUUUAGAUUUGUUCCAGUAAUUUUCUUCACAUUCUGUUUCAUUUUGUUUGAAGGAUUUUUAGGAGGAGCCACCUAUGUCAAUACCUAUUAUUGCAUCUCUACAGAAGUACCAGUGAGGGAAAGAGAAUUUUCCAUGAGUGUUGUUUCAGUUUCUGAUGCCAUUGGUAUUAGUUUAGCUGGGUUAGUGAGUGUAUUCUUACAACCAUGGUUAUUUGCCAAUCAAUCUAAGAGAUUGUAA